AUGGAUGUUUCACAACAAAAUGAGUUGAAAAAUAUAUCAUCAUCAGCAACAGCCAGAAAAAAAAGAAACAGAGUUCCAUUGAGUUGUACUAUUUGUAGAAAGAGACGAUUGCGAUGUGAUAAACAGAAACCAUUCUGUGCAAAUUGUCAGCAAUUGAACAUAUCUCAUUUGUGUCAUUAUAUGAAACAACUUUGGGCAGAAGAUAGGGAGCCGUGGUCAGAAAAUGAUGAAAUAUCAUUUUUAAAAGUAAAGUCAGAUAACCUAAAUGAACUCAUUGACAUUUCGACAACAUACAAUACCCAUCAACAUCUUGUACUAACUAGUAAUGGGUACAUUCCUCAUCAUCCAAAUGAAAUUGAAUUAAAUUUUAAAGCAGAGGCAGUCGUAAUGGAUAUUCAUAACACCAUUGGGGAUAAUAAGUUUAGAUAUAACCCAUCCAAUAAUCCAGUAACAAUCCUGAAGUCAGAUCCAAAAUUGAAAGAAAUUUGGGAUAAUGUAACGAAGUUACAUGAACAACUAGACGAUAAAUUGAACACUACAUCAUACAAAGCUGGCAAGGACCUCGAAGUGAAAUAUAAACAGAGCAGGAGUAAACAGGAUAAAGAUCUUAAAGUGUCAUUUAAUGAAAGUUCGAUAUCGGGCCCCAAAAGUGAUAUUCCGAGGGUCAGGAAGCAAAACAUGCAAGGUUUGUCGAAACCAAUAAGUGAAUCAAUAUCUAUGUUAGUCGAUAAUGAUGGUAGCCUUGGUAAUUCUGCAGGUCCAGGUUCCAAUGGCGAUAAGCGAAAUGUUGGUCUUCAGCAUGAAGAUAUUAAUGAUUUAAGAAAACGAAAUUCUGUUGCAAAUAUGUUAAACGACGAUAAUAAUGGUGGUACAACUCUUCCUGAAGUUGAUCCAAAUUAUGCCAUAGAAGUAAAUUCAGAUAGUUCAUCUACAAAAGCUACGAAUAAACCAGGGAGAGGACCGAUUGAAGAUGGAACACCAAUUUCUAAGGAAGAUAUUCUAAGUACGUUACUUCACUUCUUACCGUCUCGACUUGAAACUGAACUACUUCUUCAGGUUUUUUUUAAAUAUCUUUAUCCUAGUAUGCCAUUCUUGGAUUCAAAGAACCUCAUGAUCCAAUUCCACAGGAUAUUUUCAUAUGCCAAUGAUUCGACAGAAGGCUCCCAAUUUGAGAAUAGAUUAUUGAGAAUUUCACUAUCCAAUUAUAAUGAUUAUUGUAAUUUUGGUAUUAUUAUACUUAUAAUAAAACUAACCGAGAUAUCAUUUGCUUCUAGUGGGACAGGGGAUGAUAUAUUUAAUGAUGAUGUUAGCAAUCAGCAACCUGAGCUCAGCCCUGGUUCCGAAUUAUUUAAACAGCAGAUUCCAUAUUAUGUAAUCGUAUUGAUCGAGAAAGAAUUUAUUAAGAUUGGAGAUUACCUAUUUGGCAUAUUUGUUCCAUUACCUCUCAUACACUUCGCUUUAUUAUCCAGAGUUUAUUGUGAAUCUUCCAACGAAGUCGAUAACGUAUUCAGGUCGUGUUGUUCAGUAGAAAAUAUAGUUCAACUAGCACUUAGUUUUGGGCUAAACAUUGACCCAGAUAACCAUUUUCUAUUAAAUGAACAAAAAGCUAAUAAUAAUAAUACUAAUAUUCCACCAAACAUUGAAAGGUAUAAACACACGUGGAGGAAGACCUGGUAUUUCAUAAUAUCGUUAGACGUAAGUCAGUCACUAGAUUUCGGAAAAGCACGUCUGUUAAAAAAUUUGAGGGAGGUCAGUGAUACUAAGCUACCCAUUUUCUCUAACGUUGAUUACGUGAAAAACAUUCAGGAAUUGAUAGUAGUAAAGAAUUUUACACUAUUCUUUGAGAUUGAUUUAAUAAUCAUUGGUAUUUUAAACUUGUUUGAGGAUGCUAGGUAUCAUAAUGUAACAAAAUUGAAAAUUGAUGUAAUUAUAAAUUCUUUGUUGGACUUUAUUUACGGCCGGAAGUCGAGUAAAGAGACAUUAUUAACGUUAGAUAAUCUAAACAUAUUUCCGAAACAAGAAUGCUGUUUAAGAAUACAUAUCUCAAAUGAAACUGACGAAUGUUAUAACCUUCCGGAUAUUCAAUACUUACUCCAGGUAAAAUCCAAUGCAUUGAAUUUUACAGAACUCGAACGAAAACUGGAAAUUCCAAGAACAUCUAUAGUUAGUUCUAUUUUCUUUGUAAAGCACGUUAUUCUGAGACAUCUGAUCUUUGAACUUAAUUGGAAAGGGUUCAGUUAUUUCGCAUCUAACCGGUUAUCUGAAAAUCUAAGCUAUUUCUAUGGGCAGGAAUUAUUCUGUUGGACGAAAAAUAUAUUAGAAGAUAUUCUCUUUUUCUUUAAUAAUACCUUGAAACAUAUUGGUAUCGCCAAGAGAAUUACCACCCCAGCACUGUUACAAUCAAUAUUCUCCUGUGUACAGUUUCUAACUAUUUCGAUAUUAAAGGAACUCCAGACUAAUAAUGAUAAAAGCUUUCUUUUAUUAAAUUCUAUCACGAGAUUGUUGGAAAAAAUUUCUAAAUAUAAUAAACGUGCACAAGUUGUAUUUGAUUUUAUAGACAAUUUUAACAAAAUCUACUUAAAAGAUAGAGAUGAAGCUAAUGUUGCGAUAGUACAUCCGAGUGCGAUACAAAAUGUGCAAGAAUCGAUUGAACUGCCACCUAAUAAUCCGCAACUUAGUUACUAUGGGCAACAAUAUAUAAUACCACCUCAAAACAUUAUGCCAGACAGUAUUAAUACGUUUCAACCUGGAACAGCAAUAUACAAUGUGCCUACUCCUCAAGAUGUUGCACUAUAUACAGGUCCCAUUUUACCGCCUUUUCCGGUUACUAAUUAUCCCCCCAAUCUGUACAACAGUAAUGACCAAAUACCAUAUUCUCAGCCCACUCAGUAUUGGAUCAAUAAUGGCGUUGAACAUCAUCAGAUAAAUCCUGCUUCAAUGGCACCGCCUACAAUGCAAUAUGUGUCGCCAUAUUUCAUACAUGGAGUUCAACUUCAACAGCAAUCCUUGCAUUCUGGUUUAUCUUUAAAUAACCAUAUCUCUCCUUACGUUUAUAACCAAGGAAACGUUUACGUUUCUAAUAUCCAGCGUUCACCCCCUGUAGGUGACGUUGAUACUAAUUCAUCUGCUGCGCAGCUACCCCGACAAGGGCACCAAAAUUUUCCUGGCGAAAAUAAUUCUGAAUGA